AGUCUGACCAGUAUCCGUCGCCCAGCGUUAUCAGAGGAAACAGAGGCAAGGCAGCCCCUCCCAGCUUGAGUCUGGCAAUAAAGCUGGUCUGUGCCUUUUCGGAGGCAAGCAUCCCAACCAAGCAUUGCGAGAAACUUGCUCCGUUUGCGCUAGCUUUGUUGUCUGUCGGAGCGGCAGUCGGUUGCGAACCUGUGGCUUCGAAAGAGACUUUGAAAAUCGCGCAAGGCGUACGAUAGUCCCUGGCCAGGUGCCUAGUUGUACGUUAGCCAUGGCGUUUGCGGCUCGCGCGACCAGCUGCCAGCUCCGCCUGGCCACAAAUCUUCCCCAGUAUUCCGCUUCGAAGGGCCCCGUCUCGGUCCGUCUCCCAGCCGUGCGCGCGGCGGCCGGCGAUGCGGAGAGCAGCGCGGAGAAGCCGCGCGUGGGGGAUCCGCAGGGGGAGCGCGCGAAGGGGAUCUUCGAGUUCGUGACGGACAACCCGUCGAGCAAAUCCGCCAUUCAGCUGAAGAAUGCACCCGCCAUGGACGGCAACGUCGGCCAGAUGAUCUCGGCCAUCGAGGACAAGGGCAAGGACAUGGGGUCGUACGUGCUGUCGGGCGAGUUCCAGUACUUCGUCCGACAAAUAGGCCAGCCAAGCGACCCUCUAGUGGUGUACCUGCACGGAGCUCCUGCGCAGUCAUGGGGCUUCAGAGAAGUGAUGCAGCAGAUGGCGGAGAAGGGCUACAGGGGCAUUGCGCCUGACUGGAUCGGAUAUGGCUUCUCAGAAAAGCCUCAGCCGGGGUACUACUUUGCUUACACGGAGGAGGCGUAUCACCAAGAGUUGGAUCGUCUCUUGGAAACCCUGAGCGUGACAGAGCCCUUCUACCUUGUAGUGCAUGGCUAUCUCGUAGGCAGCUACGGCCUCACAUGGGCUCUCAAGAACGCUGAGAGGCUCAAGGGGCUGGCCAUCCUCAACACGCCGCUGUCGGGGUCCUCUCCCCUGCCCCAAAUAUUCCAACAGCUCAGAAUGCCGUUCGUGGGCGAGUUCCAGUGCCAGAACGCCGUGCUGGCAGAGCGGUUCAUUGAGAAGGGCAGCCCCUACUCCCUAGAGCUCGACAACGCUGAUGUGUACCGCCUGCCAUACCUCGACAGCGGUGAACCUGGUUUCGCCCUCCUGGAGACGGCCCGCAAGGCCAACCCCAAGCAGGUCGGGGAGAGGAUCCAGAGCGCCCUCUCGUCCCCCAGCUGGACGGUACCCACAGUGAUUGCAUGGGGCAAGGACGACCCCUACAUUCCCAUGAGCGAGGCCCAGGCUGUAGCCAAAGCCAACUCGUCCUCUGUGACGCUGAGAGUGCUAGAGGGAGCCGGGCACACCCCCCAGGAGGACUGGUCUGAGAAGGUGGUGGACAGCCUGCGAGUCUCCUUCAACUGAUUCGUCCAGAAGCGAUAAGAGGAUUGUUAGAACCCUCACUUGCGGACGUCUCCUGUUUUCCCUGGAGUGGCUAUAACGGCGGAGUUUUGCCCCCUGUAGAGGAGAAGAAACGUGUGCCGUGCCAGGCACACAAGGGCCAACAAUGUAGCAAUGUGUUCUAUUCAAUUUAUACAACAGCAGCUACGUUGCACUGCACUGGUGACUUGUGCUCCCUUUCUUGCACCAGCCAAUCUAGAAAUACUAUAGCCAAACCAAACAUGUGUCAUCCUUUAAAUGGCCAGGGAUUAAACAGCUCAGCACAUGCUAAAGCCUGUUACCAA